AUGGCCACGUUGUACAACUUCCGCAUGCUGCCCAGUGUGCGUAACUUCCGCGGCCAGUCCUCAGGCUUCCCAGUCGACGCCGUGUCGGUCCAGGUCUCCUCUGUGGAGGAGUUUUACAGCAUCGUCCACGCCACCGCGCUGCCCCACCUGAAGCGAGAGGUGAUCUUUCUGCCUUCGCCAUCCCAAGACACAUCGCGGCAGCCAGUUUGGUCACAGACAGCGUCACCAUCAGCAGCCGAUGUCGAGCGCUUCGUUCUGUUGUACCCUCCAAGCAAGAAGACCGUGGAAUUGUCGACAGUCACAACCCAUUCACUCCAGCGCUGGAUGGGACGCGACGUCCUCUUGUACAUCCAUUGUUAUUCCAACAACGUUGCAUCCAAGCGGGAUUGGACACUUGUAAACAAGACUCUGAUCGAACCAGCGGAACAAGACCGAGCAGGUGCCGCGUCGAUGGCAAGUCUACUGGCGCUGAAGUCAAGGCUUCGAGAGAUUCAUGGUGCUGCGUACCGUUCACAAGACAUCAAUUGGCAGCUGUGGGCGAAUCAAAUUCAAAGUGCUCCAGCGCACAGACAUGAUGCCAUGGUUUCCGAGCCACCACCGUCCAACUUGAUACACCUAUUUGCACAUGCACCGACCCAGCCAGAAGUUGUGCUGCGCAAUGCUCGACAGGGUCUUUGCGUCGCAGGAGGAUUAAACCGAAACUUUGCCAGCACUGUCGAAGACAUGGUGGCCUCCAUUCGCACAUUGAAACGAAAGCACGAGGAGUUGCAAACUCAUUUGCUUUUUCUAGAUGGUCAAAUUACUGCUGCACAACGAAUGCUGGCUUCCAACACAACUCUUUUAGGAGGAUUUGAAAAUGCCCUUGGAAUUGAAGAGUCGCAAUUUGGAACUGCAUUAUUACAGGACAUGGAAGAGCAAGAAGAUGUUGACCACAACUAA